CUCUCCACUGCCUGGGCUCAGCGCGCUGUGUGAGGAAAAACCCCACAAACGCCUUGCUGCCUGGCAUCCUGCCAGGGCCGAGAUAGCGGCUGAAACUGGAAGUCCCGACGGGCGGCCGGCCCUGCCUCUGCAGCGGACACUUGAGGCCGGAGCAGCGCCGCAGCCAGCCGUCCGUGCACACACCCGCUGUCCGCCUGGCGGCCUGCUGCUCAUCUGGAAACCUCUGUCUGUCCACCCAUCCGACUCCGUCUGUCUGAUCCUCCUCCGUCCCACCGUCUGGCUGUCCGCCCGUCUGUCUGUGUGGCCCCCGUCUGGUGGCCCACCUGUCCUGUCACCCAUCUGCUCACCUCGUCCGGUCCGCCGCCGCCUCCCGGUGUACCUCCCUGCCCGCCGGCUGUGUGCCCACCUGCCUCCCCUCCCCCCGGGCCACAGAGCCAUGGCCCAGGGCCGCGGGGCCGCGCUCAGCCUGGCCCUGCUGGGGCUGGCGCUGGCGCUGGCCAUCAUCGUGCCUGCCGUGGUCGUCUCUCGGCACCGCGUCCACUGCGGCCCCCAGGCCUUUGCCCACGCCGCAGUCGCUGCGGACUCCAAAACCUGCUCAGACAUUGGGCGAGCCAUCCUCCAGCAGCGCGGCUCGCCUGUGGACGCCGCCAUCGCGGCUCUGGUCUGCACCGGGGUCGUCAACCCCCAGAGCAUGGGCCUGGGUGGAGGGGUCAUCUUCACGAUCUACAACGCCACCACGGGAAAGGUGGAAGUCAUCAACGCCAGGGAGACGGUGCCCUCCAGCCCCAUCCCGGCUCUGCUGGAUCAGUGCGAGCAGGCCCAGCCUCUGGGCCUAGGCGCCCAGUGGAUCGGGGUGCCCGGGGAGCUCCGAGGCUAUGCUGAGGCCCACCGCCGCCACGGCCGCCUGCCCUGGGAGCAGCUGUUCACGCCCACCAUUGCGCUGCUCCGGGGGGGCUUCCGCGUGCCCACCGUCCUCGCCAGCUUCCUGCACAGCCCGUUCCUGCGCCCCUCCCUUACGGAGUCAUCCCUGAGACAGCUCUUCUUCAAUGGGACAGAACCCUUGAGGUCUCAGGACCCACUGCCGUGGCCCAUGCUGGCCACCACCCUGGAGACCGUGGCUACAGAAGGUGCGGAGGCCCUCUACACAGGGCGGCUGGGCCAGCUGCUGCUGGAGGACAUUGCCAAGGAAGGUAGCCGGCUGACCCUGCAGGACUUGGCAUCCUUCCGGCCUGAGGUGGCAGAUGCCCUGGCCAUGCCCCUGGGGGACUACACACUGUACUCGCCGCCGCCGCCUGCUGGGGGCGCCAUUCUCAGCUUCGUCCUCAACGUGCUCAAAGGGUUCAACUUUUCCGCCGAGUCGGUGGCCGGGCUGGAGGGAAGAGUGAACUUGUACCAUCACCUCGUGGAGACGCUCAAGUUCGCUGGGGGGCAGAGGUGGCGGCUGUGGGACCCUCGAAGCCACCCAGAAGUCCAGAACACCUCCCAGGACCUGCUGGGGGAGGCCCUGGCCCAGCACAUCCGCCAGCAGAUGGACGCCCGGGGUGACCACCCGCUCGACCACUACAGCCUGGCCGGGGCCUGGACCCACAGGAUGGGCACGGCCCACGUGUCCGUGCUGGGCGAGGACGGCAGCGCCGUGGCGGCCACCAGCACCAUCAACACGCCCUUUGGAGCCAUGGUGUACUCACCACGCACGGGCAUCCUUCUCAACAACGAGCUUCUGGACCUGUGCUGGCGGCACUCACAGGGCUCCAGAGCCACCCCCCAGCCCGUUCCAGGUGAGCGGCCCCCAUCAUCCAUGGUCCCCUCCAUCUUGGUCAGCACAGCCCGGGGGUCGAAGCUCGUGAUCGGCGGGGCCGGCGGGGAACUCAUUAUCUCUGCGGUGGCCCAGGCCAUCAUGAACAAGCUCUGGCUGGGCUUUGACCUGCAAGCCGCCAUCAAGGCCCCCAUCCUGCACGUGGACAGCAAGGGCCAGGUGGAGUUCGAGCCCAGCUUCAGCCAGGAGGUUCAGAAGGGGCUCCAGGACCGGGGCCAAGAGCGGAGCAAGAGGCCCUUCUUCCUGAAUGUGGUCCAGGCCGUUUCCCAGGACGGGGCCUGUGUGCAUGCUGUGGCGGACCCACGGAAGGGCGGGGAGCCCUCGGGCUACUGAAAGGCCGCUCCCUCCUGAUUCUGGGUCCCGCCCUGUGCACGACCGGCCAGCCUGGCCCAGGGGACCUAGCCCUCCGGCAGGAAUCUGGGCCCCUGGGCUGGACGGUUGGCCUGCGGCUGCAAAGAGGUGGACAGCCCAACAGAUGGACCGCUGUGGGGGCCGAGCCCCCCCAACCAGAGCCCUGGCCCUGGCCACUCCAGGCCUCACCCACGACUGCGCCCCUGCCCCCUGGAAGCCCCGCUCCCCACCUGUGUGUCCCCCAGUCCGAGAUUAAAGAAUAGCU